GGAGGCGGGGGGGGAAAAAAGUCUCGCGGCUCUGCGGGGACUGGAGGAGCCUCGUGCCCUGGACCGGCGGCGCGCGGCUGGCCAACGUUCAACCCUCCCCUCGUUCCACACAAGCAGUUUCCAACCACGCGCGCGCUGCGACAGGUCGAACUCGCCGCCGCCUGUGUCUUCUUCUUCUCAACAACAACAACCACCGCUGGGUUAAAAAAAAACUGAUUUACCUGAGAAGUGAUAUUCGAGAAUGAAUGGAAGCAUGGAUUCCACAAGUAAAGAGCCAGUUGUAGUUUGGGCCCAGGAUGAUUUGCUAAAACUCCUGGAUGCCAUGAAGGUGAAUCUACCAGAAAAAGACCUGACCAAGUACAAGACGACUGAAGCUCAUUUGGACUGGGAGAAGGUUGCUUUUAACACAUACUCAGCUGAGAUGUGCAAAAAAAAAUGGCUUGAGGUCUCAAAAGAGAUCCGUAAAUUCCGCACACUGACUGAGUUAAUUGUGGAUGCUCAAGACUACAUCAAGAAUCCUUACAAAGGCAAAAAACUGAAGAAACACCCAGAUUUCCCUAAGAAGCCACUGACGCCAUACUUUCGCUUUUUCAUGGAAAAGAGAGCAAAAUAUGCUAAACUUCACCCCGAGAUGAGCAAUCUGGAUCUUACCAAGAUUCUUUCCAAAAAGUACAAGGAGUUACCUGAACGUAAAAAGGAAAAAUAUGUGCAUGAUUUUCUCAAAGAAAAGGAAGCUUUUGAGCUUAACAUGUUAAAGUUCAAGGAGGACCAUCCAGACCUGCUGGAGAAUACAAGCAAGAAAGCAUCCAAUGUACCAGAGAAACCUAUGACACCACAGCAGCUGUGGUACAACCAUGAGAAAAGAGCUUACCUCAAAAUUCACCCUGAGGCCACCACCAAAGACAUUAAGGAUAGUCUGGGAAAGAAGUGGACACAGCUUCCUGAUAAAAAGAGACUGAAGUGGAUCACCAAAUCUCUGGAGCAACAUAAGCAGUAUGAGGAGAUAAUGCGGGAGUUCAUUCAACAACACCCACAGCUGAACAUGACCGAAGACGAUAUUGUCAAGACCACUUUGACCAAAGCAGAAAGACAACUGAAGGACAAGUGCGAUGGGCGACCAGGCAAACCACCGUCGAACGGUUACUCCAUGUUCUGUGCUGAGCUUAUGUCUGGCAUGAAAGAUGUUCCAAGCACUGAGCGCAUGGUCAUGUGCAGCCAGCGCUGGAAGCUGCUCAAACAGGGCGAGAAAGACGCCUAUCAGAAACGCUGUGAGCAGAAAAAGAAAGAAUAUGAAGUUGAGAUGAACCGUUUCCUGUGUAGCAUUUCAGAGGAAGAACAGCAGAGAAUCUUAGGAGAGCAGAAGAUGGUUGGAUUUAAAAAAUCCACUGGUGGUGCCAGUCCCGGUCCCAAAAAGAGCUCUAAAGCAAAGACUAGUCCUGUUAAGCCAAAGCGUCCGAUCUCUGCCAUGUUCAUAUUUUCUGAGGAAAAGAGGCAGAAGCUUCAGCAGGAGAGACCUGACUUGUCUGAAAGUGAACUCACCAGACUUCUGGCCCGCAUGUGGAAUGAGCUUUCGGACAAGAAAAAGGAAAAAUACAAGAACCUAGAGGCAGUGCUGAAGGCAGAGUCAGAGAAACGCGGAAAAGAGGAGCAAAGCAAGCUGCCUGACCCACCCAAGACUGCACAAGACAUUUGGCAGCACAGCGUUAUUGGUGAUUACUUGGCCAGAUUUAAGAAUGAUCGACCAAAGGCCCAAAAGGCAAUGGAGGCUACGUGGAACACAAUGGAGAAGAAGGAGAAAAUCAUGUGGAUCAAAAAGGCUGCAGAGGACCAGAAGAGAUAUGAUAGAGAUUUGAGUGAGAUGCGCUCUCCUGCUGGGGUCGUUGGCUCAGGGAAGAAGAUGAAAUUUGAAGGAGAGCCUAAAAAGCCACCAUCAAAUGGCUACCAGAAAUUUUCUCAGGAAAUGUUGUCCAAUGGGGAGCUGAACCACCUGCCCAUGAAAGAGCGUAUGACUGAAAUCGGUAGCCGCUGGCAGAGCCUCCCGCAAAAGGAGAAAGACCGCUACAAGAAAAUUGCAGAGGAGAAACAGAAGCAAUACAAAGUGCUACUUGAACAGUGGCUAGCGAGCUUAUCAUCUCAAGAGAGAGCUACGUAUAAGGAAUACAAUUCCUUGAAAAGGAGAGGCACAAGUAAACCAGGGGGUACCAGUGCUAAACAGAAAGCCAAGCCCAAGUCCUCAGAUGAAGAAGAAGAUGAUGAUGAGGAAGAAGAGGAGAAGGAGUCUGAGGAUGGAUCAUCGAGCGGAGAGGAGAGCGAAGAAGGAGAUGAUGAUGAUGAAGAUGAUAAUGAGGACGAAGAUGAAGAGGAUGAAGAGGCAGAGGAUAAGGAGAAUAAAUCGGAGAGCAGCAGCAGUGCAUCAAGCUCUGAGGAUUCUUCUGAUUCUGACUCUGAGUGAAGGGGAGCUGGAGUAGAGUGAGCCCACAGACUGCCACAGACCCUGUGAACUGAGCCAUGAGGCAGAGCCUUGGGCCUGCUGUGCACUCCUCUAGCCACUGCACCACAAUGUUCAUUCUCUCGCUCACCUUCCUUUGCUUUAGACCCCCAUUUCCCUUCUGUCUUGCCCGGCUGAGCUUGCCUGUUGAGUUGAUUGAGGACUGAGGAUUCCUAAAUUCCCCAGGGGUCACACCCAUCUGUAUCUUUAGUAGAGGUUAAAUUAUCCCAUGAACUAUUAAUAUUUUUAGUUCUGUGGUGAGUUAAAAAAAAAAAAAACAUCACACUUUGUUGCAUUGUUUUCAAUAAAUAGUUUGGGUUCUUUUCCAUCUUUAGGAGAAUGAAGUGAGCCAAAGAAUACGGUAGCUUGGUGGGUUUUUUGAGGAGGUGAAGUGAAAGAAAUGAUUCUCCCCCCUCUUCACUGUACUAACCCUCACCAUGUCCAUUUUUCCCCCCUUCCCAUGUCUUUUUACCCUGUCCUGCUUUAGUGAUGUAAUUUUGUUCUUUGGUUCAUGAUGUGGUAACUUGAGGAACAGUGAAGCAAACCUUUUUUUUUUUUUUCACUUUAUCUCAGUCCAUGUGUGUAAAUAAGCCACCAUCUUCUUUGUGUGCUUAGGUGUUGGAGCUUGGAGCUGCUUUAACCAUGUUUUCCCCCCUCCUUUGUAUAAAUGCUAGAGAUUCCCUCAUUUUGUGUUGGAUUUUAACAAUUCUCAAAUUAUUGCUUUAAAUUCAAAGACAUUUUUUUUAGUCUUUGUAAUAAAAAUAGCAAAAAGUUAUAUUUUGUGGUAUACUUUUGAGAGGAAUCUCCCCUCCAAACACUGCAUAUAACAAUUUUUUUUGCUUUUUUUUUUUUUUUUAUUUAAUGUUGCUUUUCAGGGCUAUACAAUUUUGCUUUUUUAAAUGGUUUGUUUUAAAUAUUGGUUUAUUUUAAAGGUCUAGUCUGUAUGAAUCUUUCCUUGCACUUAUCUUGAACAGCCUAGUCCGCUGAAUGUCCUUUUGGUGUUUCUUUUGUCCCGUUCCUUGUAAUCCCCUUUAUAUUUUUUUAAUAAUCACUGAUGCAUUCUGAUACGCACCAGCUCAAGGAAUGUAAACAGAUGUUUUAUUUAACAGAUGAGCGUUCCUUUAUGUUAUGUAUAUAUGAACAGUUUGGGGUGGUUGUUUUAUCCCCCCUCAUUAUCUUUCCCCUGUGUGUUGAAAAAGAAACAAAAAUCAUUGCAUAAAAAGUUUUAAGAGUUUGCUAGGUUUUGAGCUGUGCCUGCACCACUUGGAUCACUGAUGUCUGUAUUUUAUGCCCCAACACAAUGUUCGAAGACCCAGAGGUGCUGCAUCAAUUCCCCUUCAUAUGAACAAGACAUGAUGUGUGUGUCUCCUAUAUAUCGAGCUGAAUAAUCUGCUUAUUUAUAACGUUUUGUUGAGAGCAUAGCAGCUUAUGGAACCCACUGUAGAUGUGGCAGUAGGACUAAAAGUGAGGCGAUCAGUGCAGAUGGAUCUGGAUCACUGCUAUUGUAUGGUAAUUGUAAAUAUGACCUUUUUUUUUUGUAUUGAGUGACCAUUGUUUAAUUUGAGCUUCCCUAGGCGAUGCUUGCAGCGGCCACUGGUCUGGAUUAGUUUGUCAUUUGGUCUGAGGAGGGAAAAUUUUAAAUUUAUGUUUUAGGUUUUAUACCCCUCAGCUAUUUGUUUAUUUGUAGAAAUGGCAAAAAAAAGAAAUUUGUACUGCUAAUUUGGAACAUUUGGAUGUUUUCUAUAGUCAGAAGUGUUAUAUUCCUGGAAUAUACCAUUUGAACAAAUAAACCUGUCUUUAUCAAC